AUGCCUGCCCUCCUCCUCCUCCUCCUCAUCCUGUUGUCCUACGUUUCCUAUAUUGACAUCAAGUUCUUGCAGGAUUUACGACUAUUACUCCGACUACUGAACCUACUGAACGACCCAUCUCCCAGGUCUGGCGCACGCGGAAACAAACCGUGGAACGUUCAGCCAUCGAACCUGGGUGGGAUGGGCUGCUGCUGGCGGCUUAAGGUUCGCCAUCAAGCCACCGCCCAAUUAUCAAAUUAUCAAAUUAUCCAUUGCACCAUUUGUCUGCAAAUACGGGCAGUAAUUGGCCGAACAGCGCACUAUGAUCUUAGCUGCAUUAGCCUUCCGGCCCGCUAAUCCAGCCCUGGAAGCAGCCAAGAACUUUUUCAAGGGUCGAUUGGGAAUCUUUAUCAGAAAAACCUAUCAGC